AUGGCCUCCGAUUCCAAACAAAGUAAGUAUUUAACAGUUUAUUUACAUUAUAAUGGUUUAUUCGCACCAAAACCAUUAGUGUACUUGAACGCUGUUGUUGUUUCAAUCUGUGAUGUCGAUUUUGGUGCAAUGGAUUUCAAAGACUUUAACUUGUUCAUUGCAAAGUUGAUUGAAGGCAGUUGUGAUAAUGUAUAUUAUUGCACUAGAAAUGAACCAUUGGCAGAGGGUAUUAGGCGAAUUACGAAUGAUGCUGACUACUUUGAGUUUAUUGAAACGGGUUCUAGUGAUGAAGCCGGUCUAAGAAUGAAUGUGUAUAUAGACCACGAAAAUGAACCUGUACUUGAUUGGGCUGAUGAUGAAGGGCAUUAUUCUGAGGAAGACCUGGAUGAUGAUAAAGAUUCACAACUUUCUGAUGAUAUUCCAUAUGAGCAUGAAGCAGAUGAUUACAUUCCUUCUCUUGACAAGACUAUUGGUGAUGAAUUCUUACAUCGGGUGUCAGGUAUGUGUAAGGAUAUAAAUGAUGAGGCUGAAACUGAUGAGGUUGAAACCAAUAAUGGAGAUGACAAACCAGUGUACCCUGUCCAUAAUGAGAACCAGAAAUGGGACAAAAUGGUGCCAAUUCUAGGUAUGAGAUUCUCUAACCCCAUGGAAUUGAAAAAUUGUUUGACUAACUAUGCAGUGAAGAAUGGGUACAACCUUUAUUUUGAGAAAAAUGAUAGUCAGAGGUUAUUAGUGAGAUGUUGUAAACAGAAUAAGAACCCCUCUUGUCCUUUUAGACUGUGGGCUUCCUGGAUGAGCAGUGAAAGGUCUUUCCAAAUUAAGUCAUUAGUUGAUGAACAUAACUGUUCAAGAGUCUUCAAACUUGAUUCCAUUGUAACAUAUAAAUGGAUUGGAAUGCAUUUUAAGAAUCAACUUGUGAAGAACCCUAAAAUGAGCAUAAGGAAAAUGAAGGCCAAAAUAGAGGGUAGUUUGAUAGAACAUUAUGGUAAAGUAUGGAGUAAUGGAGAAGAAAUAAUGAGGACAAAUCCUGGUUCAACAGUAAAGAUAGAUGUGAAUGUCAUGCCUGAUUCCACAACCUACUUUUCUAAAAUAGGCCAACUGUUAGCAGCUAUGGGUAGGGAUGCAAACAACCACAUCUUCCCUAUUGCAUGGGUUGUGGUGGAAGUUGAAAAUAAGGAAACAUGGAAGUGGUUUCUUGACCUCCUUCUGGAUGACAUUGAAAUGGGAAUUGGUCAUGGAUUGACCCUCAUAUCAGACCAACACAAGGGAUUAAUAGAGGCUGUCAAAGAAAGGGUUCCAGCAGCAGAGCAUAGACAAUGUGCUAGGCACAUCUAUGCUAACUUCAAGAAAAGUUUCAAAGUGGACAGGGCUUGUGAUGCUUAUGAGAAUGGCAUAUCAGAAAGUUUCAACUCUGUUAUUGAUCUUGCUAGGAAAAGGCCACUCAUCACCAUGUUGGAAGAGAUAAGGAUUUAUGCAAUGGAGAGGAUGUAUAAAAUGUUGCAAGAGGGACAAAGUUGGGGGAAUUUAAAAAUAUGUCCAUCUAUAAGGUUGAAGAUAUCAAAGCUAAAGAAACAGCAAAGAUUUUGGGGUGUUAUACCAUCUGGGAUACAACAAUAUGAAGUUAGGAUUGGAAAUGAUGGAUAUGUUGUGGACCUUAACAACAACACAUGUGGAUGUAGAUCUUGGCAAGUAUCAGGUAUCCCAUGUGUGCAUGCAGUGGCAGCCAUUUCAUACCUUAACAGGAAUGCAAAGGAUUAUGUUGCACCAUGGUUCCAUACAGCCAUGUUCUUGACUUGUUACGACCAUACCAUUAACCCACUUAAUGGUAGUUCCAUGUGGCCUGAAGCUCCCUACAUGAAGCCAUUGCCUCCUCAAAAAAGAAGGUUACCAGGAAGGCCAACCCUUAAAAGGAAAAAAGAUCAAUCUGAGAUGGAAAGCAAGGGGAAAACAAGGCAUACUAUCUCAAAAGCAGGUUCAGUUAAUAGAUGCACUAUUUGUAGAGAAAGGGGCCACAAUAGAUCAACAUGUCCUACUAGACCAGCAGAUGUAGCAUCCACUUCAAGGCCAAAAAACAAGAAACCUAAAAAAUGUAAAAAAGAGAAAGGUAAAGUGGAACCAGUUCAAGUGGAUCCAGUUCAAGCAGAUCCAGUGGAUCCAGUUCAAGUACCAGCUCCACAGGUUGAUCCAGUUCAAGCAGAUCCAGUGGAUCCAGUUGAUGUACCAGCUCCACAUGUUGAACCAGUUCAAGUAGAUGAUCCACAUCCAGAUGUUGAUGUCCCUGCUCAACCAGUUGCAACUAGGCAGAGGAUACGAAAAUACUCAGAAAGAAUUACCAAGAUAGGGUUGAGGAGGAAGUUUUUGAAGAAAGCAGGAAGCACUGGACACAACCUAAUGGUGUUGGAAUGAUUUUAUUUGGAAAGACAAACUUUUAGUCUUAUAAAUAUGUAAUUGGGAAAACUUUAAGAAUCAUGGCACAUGGCACAUCUUUUGACAUAUUAGGACAACUGUGGGCACAACUUUUGUAAUAGUGCACAUGAUGAUGGAAU